AUGGCUAUGUUGGACACCGGAGCCGAAACAUCCCUAAUAGAGGAGCGUUUCUGCCGGACUAACAACCUUAAACUCGAAUCCCUGGGCUAUUUCACCAAAAUACUUGGUGUCGGCGGACAAGUCGCCUUCAUGGUAACCCAUUGCUGUAACGUACCGGUAACCCUGCGCGGGUUCACCAGCCCCCAUACAUUUCACGUCCAACCCAAUAAUUCGGACGUUCCCGUACUUCUUGGAUGCGACUACCUGCACUCCAAGUUCGUCCUCACCCGGGCGCCAACAACCCCCAACGAAGCGGAGGAAGGCGAAGCCAAUGAAUUCGAAGAUUGGGAUUCGGAAGCCUCGGAUGUACAGAGCACAAGUGACUCACCGGACACAGACUCCGAUAAUGAGCCAUCAGACCCUUCAGAAGGCAACUCAUCGGAUACUUCCGAUGACGACGAUGAUAACGAUAUCGGCUUCGACCCUUCGGUUCGAUGGAUGGGAAUCGACACACCCCCGGACAAACCCCCAAAAGGUGGAUCGUCCGGUAACGAACCCUCAAAGGAAGCCCAGCAACCUCAGAACGGAGGCUCGGGCCAACGGCGGGCUGAGUUAACCGCAAUUACGGUUUCUCACCCGGCUGACAGCCCAGUAAUCUCGGCUACGUCCAGCGAUACGGGCCAAGAAUAUCACCCUAAUACCUCCGAAGCUGAAUCCUCGGAAGGAAGCCCCACGUACGACGUCCGUGCGGCGGGACAACGGGUAUCUCAGACCGACGACGAACAGAUUGCCCAACAGGCGACAUUCGUCGGAGGUAACCCCGUUGAACCCGACAAAAAUACAAGUCCCGACGGAGCCUCGGCUAAACCGAAGAGAGCCUCGGUUCGACAGACUAAGUCGGAGAGCACCGUCUAUAACCCAUGGAAACGGAAGGUCCAGCUACUCCCCAGGGCUAUCGUCGAAGUCACGGUAACCCUCAACAUAGAAGUCGACCCCGCUAAGAACAAGUACCUAAUGUACCUCGGCUCGGAGGAAGCCUUAGCGGAAGGUAUUGAGAUGAAGGAUGGUCCGACCCCACAUGACGGGAAGAAGUUCACCAUCCUGGUGGCAAACCACACCAAUAAGGACAUAACCAUCAGGAAAGGAACCCCAAUGGGUCGAGUCGAGCCGUAUGAACACAUGACGGACGACCGAAAGGCCCGGACAGACUUACCCAAGAAGCGACCCUACGGUAACGUCAAGGGAGUCACCCACGUCAUCGAUGUCCAAGGUGCAAAGCCUAUAAAGAUGAACCCAACUAGAACCAGUUGGAAGGGUCGCCAGUUCAUCUCCAAACGUGUCCAAGAGAUGCUGGACCAAGGAGUCAUUGAACCCUCCGACGCAGCAUGGAGCUUCCCCGUGGUCUUGGCAGCCAAGAAAAACCCGGAUGGCUCCGUCGGAACCAGGUUCUGCAUCAACUGCAUCAAGUUGAACGCAGUAACUAAGAAGAACAACUACCCCCUUCCGAACCCGGAUGAACUACUGGACAAGUACGCCGGGAUGGAAUACUACGGCAAGGUCGACUGCCAAUCCGGUUUUUGGCACAUCCCAAUGGAUGAAGCCUCGAAGGACAUGACCACCUUCGUCACGCCAGAAGGCAUGUAUCGGUUCAACCGGAUGCCGUUCGGAGUCUGCAACGGACCCGCAACCUUUCAGAUGCAUGUCGAUAAGAUAACCGCAAAAGCCCGCAAGAAAGGCGUUUUUGCGUACAUCGAUGACAUCAUCUUCUUUGGCCGGACCUUUGAAGAAUUCAAAGAAGCCUUCCGAGCCACCCUGGACUGCCUACUUGAGGCCGGGUUCACCAUCAAACCCUCGAAGUGUGAGGUUGGAACGGACAAGCUACCGUUCCUCGGACAUGUCCUCAGCAAAGCCGGAGUCCAGACCGACGACGAAAAGGUAGCGGCUAUUGCACAACACCAACCCCCACGAACAGAACGCCAAUUGCGGUCGUUCCUCGGGUUGGCCAACUACUAUCGGAAAUUCAUCCGCAACUACGCUCAGCGGACAUCAAAGAUGUAUGAACUCCUCCGGAAGACCAAUUCCAUCCGGACAGAUUGGACGGACGACCAUACAGCGGAGUUCAACGGCAUCAAAGAGGCUUUUACCACAGCCCCGGUACUCGCAAAACCCGGUAUCAACCCCCGGCUAACUCGGUGGGCUUUGGCUCUGCAAGGUAAGGACAUCACCAUCGAGUAUAAACCCGGAGUUUUCUGUGAUAAUGCGGAUGCUCUGUCUCGAUGGCCGUUGGAACGACCCGACGACAAUGACCCCCAUGAAGAAUUGGACCAGGUACACAACUUUGAGGACUUCAAGGAUGAGAUCCGAAUAAGGUCUCUCCGGGUACAAAGACAUGAAAUUAAGGAAAAGAGCCGAAGACAUCCGGAUCUCAUACUUGAGCCCGGAGGCUGGACGGAUGAGGCUAAAGUUAGGUCUCUCCGAGCGGCAGCUGAAUGGAGGCAGACCACAAAUAUGUGUCGCCCCGUUCCGAAAGCAACCCCGCUGCCUGGAUGCAAGGUCAUCUCCGACUGGAACGACCUGUCCACCGCAGAUGUACGGAUAAUUAACGUAGUCGUACCGGACGACCCGGGCUCACAAGGCGAGUCGAGGGUCGGAUCUGCAAAGGUACGGACUACCGAAGUCAACGGACCGGAGGCUUCGGGUUCACAAGGCGAACCCGAGGAUGAAGAGGAGAAACCGAUAGAGUCCAACAAGGAGCUACGCAGACUGCAACUCCGGGACCCUCACCUCCGGAAGCUGAUCGAUGAACUUGAGAACCAAGACCAGCUUGACCACAAGUCCAAGCUGUUGGAACAUUACCAGAUGAGCGGAGGUAUACUGUACCGGCUGACCACCCACAACACCAAGUUGGAACGACGGUUCGUGGUCCCGCUCUUCAUGCGAAAAGGCAUCAUCCGAGCACUUCACGACGGAAAAACCGGUAACAAUUUCGGCCGCGUGAAGACACUGGAGGCAGCGAAGCUUCGGUACUACUGGGACCGGAUGCUAUCCGAUGUUCACGACUAUGUGGAUAACUGCCCCCGGUGUACCUUGGUGAACAAGCCCCGGACUAAACCACCCGGUAAACUCCAGAAGAUGGAAGUAGGUGAACCUUGGUUCCGAGUUUACGCGGACUUCAAAGGACCCUUACCUCGGACUGAGUCGAAGGGAUACCAAUAUAUCGCGGUCGUCACCGACCAGUUCACCAAGUUCACCAUAGCCCGAGCGACCAAGACUAACUCGGCGAAGGAAUUUGAGAAGUUCUUUGUGGAGGAUGUCGUCCUAAAGUACGGCAUGCCGACCCACCUUCAUACCGACCAAGGAUCCCACUUUACGGCUAAGACCUUCGCCAAGGUGGCUAAGAUCUUCGGAAUCCAGCACACUUUCGGAACAGCCUACCACCCAGAGGGUCAAGGCCAAGUCGAACGUUCCAUGCAGACGAUUUGGGACGGCAUCAGGAAGGAGUGCGACGCCAAGGAUGGUCACCGAUGGCACCGGAACCUACAGUACGUAGUGUGCGGAAUUAACCGAGCGAAACAUGCGACCACCGGGUUCUCACCCUACUACAUGCUGUACGGACGUGAGAUGACCAUACCCCAGGACGUCAUUACCGGAACCAACGCACCGGAACACUAUACCGAUAAGGAACAUUACAUCAAAAGGAUGAAGGAACGGCUUCAGAGGGCUCACGACAUCGCGAAGACGAACAUCGAGUAUCCCAAUAAGGAUCCUACCAGGAAGGAACGGUACGAUGGAGUAUGGACGGUACUCAACUAUAAGGGACCCAACAACUUCUGGCUCCGCAACGUCGAAACCGGAAAGGAAGACGUCGUCGCCGUGGAUAGAUGCAAACAUCAUCCAAGCAACAAGCGUCGGCGGAUCACGCGAUCUUACGGCCAGAAGAAAGCCGAGGGAACCUCGGGUAGUAACCUUGCAACGGUGCCGUACCCCCAUGAGGGUCAGCCCGCUCGCAAUACCCGGGCCCGAAAGGCAAAUCCAGCCGAAGAGAAGCCGAAGGAACCGGCAAAAGAGCCUCAGAAACUGGACUUAACGUCAGUUCAGGACCCGAAUAAGGGUCCGUCCGACAAACCGAGUCCGGAGGAACCUCCUAAACCGAAAGGAAAACGUGGUCGACCGAGGAAGAAGCCCCCGUCGGACUUCGAGACACCAGCCCUGCAGGAAUUGCAAAAGCAGGCUGUGAUAGAGGAUGAAUCCGAGGCUGUCCCGGAGAAGCCUAAGAACUUGGCCGGAUCAUCCGAGGCUAACCCGAAGAGGUCGGUGGACUUAGUCGCGAAUACCGAGGCUACCUCAACUAAGCCUAAGGAGCCUAAGGCACCGAAGGAGAAGCCGGCAAAAGUGAAGAAACCGGUGAAGAAGCGACCCGACACACCGGUCCCGGCAGUUUCAACCGAUAAGACGGUUGAACCCCCGGCUCCGAAACGGAAGUACGGGACGGCCAAGAAGCCUAAGUUAACGGCGCAUGAGGUACUUGAAGAAGCUCAAGUGGCCGAAGAUGAAGCACACAAAGAUAUCCUCGACAGAAUUGCCGAAGGAAGGGCAGAACCGGUCAAAUCGACCAAACCAGCAAAGAAGCCCAAAACAACAAAACCCACCACAACACAAACAUAG